AUGACUGAUUCCAAUGCUUCAAGCUCUACGGAGCCUAUCAGAGAAGGCCUCGCGGAUAUACUCUACGAACCAAAGGAAGGUGCCAAAGUAGAUAUCGUUUUCGUGCAUGGUCUUUCUGGAGAUAGAGUCGACACAUGGACGUACAAGAAGGGGGAAAUCUCCCAGUUCUGGCCCAAGACUCUCCUGCCCACGGAUUGUCCCACGGCACGAAUCAUGUCGUUUGGAUAUAAUUCCGACUUUGCAUACUUCUUCCCACCCGCCAAUGCAAAGGGAAUCUCAAAGGAUUUGACAAUCGACAACUACUCGUCAUCUUUACUGCAUGGUCUCAUCACGCAGCGAGGCAAGACUAACACUACCGAUCGUCCGAUCAUCUUCGUCGCACACAGUCUAGGCGGCCUGGUAGUUGCCAAUGCCCUCUCCCGACCCCACGGCACCGACGAAGCCGCCAAAGAGAUCGCCGGCAGAACAAUCGGUACCCUCUUCCUCGGCACUCCAUUCCACGGGUCCUCCAAAGCGAAAUAUGGUAAAUUCGCGGCAGAUAUAUUGUCCUACUUCAAGACGACAGCCAGUCAAAACAUCGCAGAUCUGACCGAACGCUCCGCCAAGCUAGUCAGUAUCAACGACUCAUUCGCAAAGUUCUUGAAAGAGCGAGAUCGUUCGAGGACCAAGCCUUUCCUUGAAGUGGCCUGUUUCUUCGAAGAUAAGAACCUGACUAAAGGACUUGGGAAGAUCGUGACCAAGGAGUCGGCGAGCUGGCUGGGAGUGGAUGCUCUGUCGAUUUCGAAGGAUCAUAUUGCCAUGGUCAAGUUCCGUGAUGAGGAGAAUCCGGGGUAUCAGAAUGUUAUCGGGAAGUUGUGUCAGUGGAUAAAGGAUAUUGAUAAGCCUAUGAGUUCGAAGGGUGGACGAGUUGGGGGAUUGAAUGCACAGCAUUACAAUGGUGUCAAGCCUCCAAAAGAAGAAGACAGUAAUUGA